AUGUUGUACAUAUUUUAUAUGGCGUCUUUGCUUGUACUGGGUCGAAGUGUACUACGUCCUGGUGUUCUACGCUUCAUAUAUCAUUUUAAUGAUCCUGAUUAUAAGCCUAUUCAAGAUAUGAUACUUCAACCAUUACCACUAUACAUACAACGUUUGAUUGCUACUUAUUCAGUUUGGGGUAUAUUAAUUGUACUCAUGCUAUGGUUACCUACAGAAGUUAUUCGGCAUUUCUUUCCUAAAUUCUUGCCAUUUCGUAUUAAUGCAGCUUAUGACAGUCCAUUGGAUUAUUCAUUGGAAAUGAUACUAUUACAAGUUGUUCUACCAUUCUUAUUGGAUAAUCACGCUAAAACAACUCUUCGUCAGAUUUUACGUUGGUGGUGUAUAUGUGUAUCAUGGUUGCUUGGUUUACGUAGUUACUUGCUCGGUGAUAUUCCAUUUUCACCAGGGGAUUUUAUUGUUACUGAAAAUGGAACUGAAGUACCAUACAAACGACGUCGAGAUUCUCAUAAUCAAACAUCUAAUUUGAAUAGUCAUUCGGGAUUCAUGUCUGUAGAAUCGUCUCAACGGACAUUGACUAAUGAACCAGACGAUAUUUCGACAGAUCUUUAUGCUCCAAACUUAUCAUCGCCGUCAUCAUCUUAUGGACAGAUUACUUCAACAAAUAAUCGAUUUCGUGAACAAUCCCAACCUGAAAAUAAUGAACAAGAUAACGUUAAUCAUGCAAAUGCUGAUUAUGAUAACGAUGAUGAUACAGAUUUUACUCGUUAUGUUCCAUAUAAACGAGGAAAUUUCUUCAAAUUACGAAUUACUGGCUUAAUCCUAAUAUUAAUUACUAGUUUGAUAUCUUUAAGUUUAACUGUACUAAUUGUACCAGUUGGUAUUGGACGUUUAUUAUUGUUGAAUUUAAGCGGAAGUGGUUCUACAUCAAAGCAUGAUGCUAUCGCUUUAGUUGGUGGAUUCACUGUUCUGGGAAUAAUUCUCCGUCUAGCUCCUUGCAUACCACAUCUUUUCAAUGGAAUUUAUCGAAUUAUUAUGUUGAUUGGUCAAAGUGGUAGUUUAAUUAGCUGGUCUAGACCAUUACGUGUAUUUAGAAUUUGGACUCGUUUAGGUACAACAUGUGAAAUUACAAUACGACGACCAGCAUUACCAAUGGCUCCUAUGAUUGAUUUAAAUCGACAUUAUGGAUUUCAAUCUACUGUGGAUAUGAAUAUUGGGAUAUAUCUACAAAAUUAUCUACGAAUAAUAAUAAAUUGGUUACGUCUAUUUUGUAUUGCUGUAAUAUGUCUGGGCAUUCUCCCAACAGCUUUAGGAUUAUUAAUCAACUUCAUUUUCAUUGUACCCUUCCGUAUUGGACCCAAAAAAACCAUUAUUGUUGGGUUUUGGGAGCAUUGGAUAUUUGGUAUUAUGCAUUUAAAAGUGGUUAUCUUACUCACUCUUCUUGGACCCCCAUGGUGGUUACGAAAUCGUUUAGAAUUAUUUCAUGAUGAAAUGACACAUCAUCGACAAGAUGCUCGUUGUAUGCGUUUACUUUGGGCAAUCGCACCAUUGCUUGUAACUAUUGGAUUAUCGUUAAGUGUACCAUAUUUAUUGGCUUAUUAUAUUAGUCCAUUAAUCGCAUUAGAUAGCGAAGUUGCAUUUCGAUACAUAUAUCCAUUUCUUUUCGCCAUGUUCAUCUGUUCAGUGUUAUUGAUUCUGUGUAUCGACCAAAUUCGACGUCUUUAUUUGCAUAUUAAAGAUGAAAAAUAUUUAGUUGGAAAACAACUGCUAAAUUUUCGACCAUCACCAAGUCAAUCAUUAGUUCCAGCAUCAUCAUCAUGA